UUUUCCUUUUCUUUUCUUUGAUGGAUCAUAAUUCUUCGGUCGAAAUAUUUUGAGCUGUUGAAUGACAAUUGAUCGAGGAAAUUUUCAUCACAUAGCUUGAUAGUUAAGGUCGAAGCAGCGCUUUUAAUUUGUGAAGAUCUAUUGAAGUGGCAAAAGUGAAUAAUAUUUUAAUAAUAAUAAUAGUAUUUUAAAAAAUAAAAAAGGAAAGAAGCACAAGAAGAGAAUAUUCCCAACUAAACCCCCAACUCACUCAAUAUUCUCCCUCUUUUUUUUCACUCCACACAUACAAAACACCAUUAUAUCAACCUCUCAAAUUCAUAUGUUCCCCUCAUUUUUUCUCAAAUCACACCUUCACUGUGUGUAAUUUCUCUCAAAAUCACACCUUCACUAUGUGUUACCGUGUGUAGUUUUCCUCAAAAUCACACUUUCUCUGCGUGUAAUUUUCCUCAAAAUCACACCUUCACUGUGUGUUACUGUGUAUAAUUUCUCUCAAAAUCACACCUUCACUGUGUGUUUUUUCUCAAAUCACACUUCAAUUCAGUGUGUGUUACUCUGCGUAUUUUUUCUCAAAUCACACGUUCACUGUGUGUGAUUUCUCUCAAAGUCACACUUUUUUGUGUGUGAUUCCCUCUAUAUUUGAACAAAUGAAGUUUGGAAAAAGCUUAAGCAAUCAAAUAGAAGAAACAUUACCUGAAUGGCGAGACAAAUUCUUAUCAUACAAAGAUUUGAAGAAGAAAUUAAAGCUAAUUGAGCCGAAGAAAUCAUCAGAUUCCGGCGACGUUAGAGCUAAUAAGAAGAUGAAAUAUGCUAUUGGAGAUACUACAGAGAAGGACACUAUGACGGGUGCUGAAGUUGAGUUUGUGAAUUUGUUGGAAGAUGAAUUGGAGAAAUUUAAUUCCUUUUUUGUUGAGAAAGAAGAAGAAUAUAUCAUUACAUUAAAGGAGUUGCAAGAUAGAGUGGCAAAGGCGAAAGAUCGUAAUGAUGAGAUCAUUAAGAUUCGCAGGGAGAUAGUAGACUUCCAUGGGGAGAUGGUUUUGCUGGAAAAUUACAGUGCCCUCAACUAUACUGGGCUCGUGAAGAUACUCAAGAAGUACGACAAAAGAACCGGUGCUCUUCUUCGGUUGCCUUUCAUUCAGAAGGUCUUGCAACAACCUUUCUUCACUACUGAUUUGCUUUACAAGCUUGUGAAGGAAUGUGAGAAUUUGAUCGACCGUCUAUUCCCCGUCAUUGACGCCUCGCAUAUUCCUGACGGAAAUGAAACUUCCACCAGCAACAACAACAAAAGGGCGGGUCUACUGAGAGCCCCCAAGGAGCUGAUGGAGAUAGAGUAUAUCGAAAGCUUAUACAUGAAGAGCACCAUAUCCGCUUUACGAGCUUUAAAAGAGAUUCGGAGCAAGAGCUCAACGGUUAGUGCUUUCUCAUUGCCUCCAUUGCAAAUUAGUGGACUCGAAGAUACCUGGAACAAAAUUCCAAUCUUAGAACAAGUAGCCAAGUAGUUUAACAGUUGUUUACGAGCCCCUUGAACGUAUUUGCUUAUUAUACACUACACUAUUUUCGUUUUUUUUUUUUUUUUUUUUCCUUUUAGCGUUCGAUAUUCUACAUGUUUUGCAUGUAUUAGAUACUAACACAGAUGUAAUAUACACAAAUUUUAAUCUCAAAGAGUAUGUGAUGAAUUUCUGUUCUUCUCUUAAA